AUGGCCACUUCCAUUUCGAUAACCACUUCGCGCACAGACCAGGCAGCAGCGGCGUCGUACCUCUCGGAGACAUUGGAUAGACUCGGCUGUCCUCAUGCCUACAUCGGAGGUUUCGCCUGGGCUCUUCUUGGAAACAGGCGACCCACUGAGAUGAAUGUGCUCAUCGAAACAAAGAAUCUCGAUAUGGUGGCUCUGCGCUCGCAGUUGCAAGAACUAAGCAAGAAAUUUGCAUCUGCUGGAAUCAAGCUUUACUUUGUCAAAGAACCUCUGGGUGAUUUACGCGGCGAUGAGCUCGUUCGUGCAAGCAAGAACAAUGUUUUAAUAGAGACUUUAUCUGCGGGGACACUUGGUCUGCCCAAUAUAGCGGGUCCAGUAUACAAAGUCGAAUACGGAUCCGGAAUAUCAAUCGAAAUCUUGCACCCAGGUAUUCUCAUUCUGACAAAAAUGAAGCGCUGGUAUCAUAACCUGGAGUCGACGAGGCCGAAGACGUUGGUCAAGAACAGCUCCGAUCGCAGAGACCUCGACUAUCUCGUCUCGUGGCUCGCCGAUAACAAGAUGACAAUCGAAUUCGAGCUCUACGAAGGCAAGUCGAAGGACGAAUUGCUCAAGUUCGUCCGGAUAUACCGUGAACAAGUAGGUGAAAAUGAGCUCUUGAUGGAGGCCCUGAAGACGGCAGUGAAACCUCUGGACUGGGACCUUUUGUAG